CCCAUUCUUGAGCGCAAUGUAGCGAUCUAUCUUGGCACAACACUUCAUCUUUGGAAGGUCCCCGGAAGACUCGCUAGCCGAUGAUGUUGGGCUAAAUCAAGGGAGGAUUUCCAAUCAGGCAGCAGCCAUGCAGGGGGGAGAGUACGAGGAGAUGGGGGGCAGCCUGCCUGCCAUUGCCUCUCUGAAUGCCUCCUACUCCACGUCACUGACCCUCCCUUCCCCGUACCUCCUGGUUCCACCUGCCGAGCGUAAAGCUGUCUCUGAUGUCCGGCGCACCUUCUGUCUCUUUGUGACGUUUGACCUCCUUUUCAUCGUGCUUCUUUGGAUUAUAGAGCUAAAUGUCACUGGUUCUAUUUUGGAUAAUCUAGAAGAUCAGGUUGUCAGAUAUAACUUCAAGUCUUCCUUCUUUGACAUAGCUGUUCUUGCCUUGUUUCGCUUCCUCUGUCUACAAAUUGGCUAUGCAGCGUUUAAGCUGAAACACUGGUGGGUUGUCGCAGUUUCAACUCUUGUGACCAGCGUCUUCCUUGUAGUGAAGGUCAUCUUAUCAGAACUCCUGUCAAAGAACGGCUUUGGCUACGUUUUAGCCAUCGCCUCGUUCGUGGUGGCGUGGUUAGAGACCUGGUUUCUUGACUUUAAGGUUCUCACUCAGGAAGCCGAAGAAGAGCGAGCUUAUGCAGCAGCAGUGAACGCAGCCUGUGAAAGAGCUCCUAUGAUCUAUCCCCGUCCGAUUUCAGAAGGACAGUUCUACUCUCCACCUGAAUCUGUCGCAGGCUCGGACGAGGAUUUGGAUGAGGAGGGUCUCGGGCGCAGAGCCGUCACUUUUCAGGAGAAGGAGUACGUCAGACAGGGUCGAGAGGCCAUGUCUGUGGUGGAGCAGAUCCUCACCCAGGAGGAAAACUGGAAAUUUGAAAAAAACAAUGACAUGGGAGAUUCUGUCUACACUCUGGAGAUUCCCUACCACGGAAAAACUUUUAUUCUCAAGGGCUUGAUGCAGUGCCCUGCAGAGUUUGUCUAUCAGGAGGUGAUUCUCCAACCAGAAAAAAUGGUUCAGUGGAAUAAAACUGUUUCUGUCUGCCAGAUCCUCCAGAGGGUUGACGACAACACUCUGGUGACAUACGACGUUUCUGCUGGUGCAGCGGGAGGAGUCGUGUCUGCCAGGGACUUCGUUAAUGUUCGUCGAGUUGAACGCAAACGAGACUGUUACAUGUCUGCUGGCAUGGCAACGAACCACGAUGCCAAACCCCCAUGUGGUCGCUAUGUCAGGGGAGAAAAUGGCCCUGGAGGAUUUGUGGUGCUGAAGUCCAGCAGCAACCCGUCAGUCUGCACAUUCAUCUGGGUCCUAAACACAGAUUUAAAGGGCCGUCUGCCCCGCUACCUCAUCCACCAGAGCCUUGCUGCCACCAUGUUUGAGUUUAUGUCCCAUUUACGGCAACGGAUUACUGACCUGCGAGCCUCCCACCACCACCACCACCAUCAUCACCAUCAUCACAUCUGAAGCCUAAAGUAAGGCAACCUGGAAAACAGAACUACUGUUUUCUUCAUCUGGAACCCCAUUGGUAACCUGUGAGGAGAAACCUGUGUAGCCUCUGAGCUGAAGGGAUGGGAGACAAACUGCUAUAUAUAAAGACUUGAUCUCUGAGCACAGGAGAUCAUGUUUCAGACCUGACAGUGAUUCGGACAGAACAGAUGAUAAUUCUGACUUUUCUCCUCUUUAUGUUGGACCUAUAACUGUUGCUCAGAUUCACUAGGAAAUGAGACUUGUUGCAAGUUGUGUUGCAAUGCUUUUUACUGACAAGGAAGACCUUCAUGAGGAUGGAGUUGAUAUGAAAAAAAAACGGUUGACAAAACAGAAGCAGCUGAGCCUAAUCUGACAGAACUUCUUCUGCUUUUUUCUUCUGCACCUUCUUUGUUUUCUCUUUCAUCUUCCUACCUAACACAACAUAUUCUCACCAAACUUUUUAAAGAAUACUGUGAUUUUGAUGAAGGGGAUGCGUUACUUCCUGCUCACUGCUAGAGGGAGACAUAACCAAUGUACAUCUGGGACUAGACUCAGUCUUUUCCCACCGUGUAAGAAUCUGUUGUAUGAAGUUUUUUUUGUGUGGUUUCUAGUCUGAACCCUUAAAACUGAACUCAGAUCAAACUGAUGAUUGUGCAGAUGUUAAAAAUAGAUCAGUAUGUCCUCUUAUUACAGCUCUCAUGUGCCAAUCACCUGAUAUUGCCUUUUUUGGGAUGAAAAAAAUGAGCUGAAGUAAUUACUUGAAUUAAAGAUAACUGUAGUGUAAAAUUGAUUUCCCUACUAUCCUUCCCUCAUGCCCAUGAAAUAGGGUUAGAACAAAUAUUCUGCUUUUAUUUUUUGCAUAGUAAACCAAACACAGCUUCAAACAUUAUCCCCUCCAGCUAAAACGUGGUUUGCAUACUGGUGCUAUUUUGAUCCUUUAAAAACAAUGAUAGUUCAAGGUUAAAUCUGUCCUGAAAUGUGGGCAAAGAUUGUGGUUUUGUUUUAAAAAUGACUGAAAUUAUUCCUCCUAAAGGAAUAUUUUUGUAUAUUUGACUGUGAGGAGUUUUACUUGGAUGUUUUUGGAAAUUGUCAUCAGUGUAGGAACAAAAUAAUGCAUGUCCAACAUGUUCGGGUAAUUAAAUUAACCGAAAAAAAAAAGUUAUUUAGAUUUUAAAGCAACAGACAGUUGGACUUUCAAGUGAAGAGAAUGUCAACAGUUGUGCCUUUAUUGCAGUAAUAAUAAAUACUGGACUUAUUGUUGCUUUAUGUUCAUAUCGGGCUGUUUCUUCUCUGCUCCAGUGACGUAUAUUAAGAGCAUGAGAAUCUGCUUGGACUGCUUAUGUUUACUUCAUUAUUUUCAGAACAAUUUGUAAUUAAUUUUAGUAUCAAACAUGUAUAUUCAAAGCCAUCACUACGGACCAAUUGUUUUUACUGAAUUUUAAAAAGUGUCUUACAUCUAAUAAAACAGGG